AUGCAGAGUACAAGGGGUUUCAUACCCGCCGGUCCGUCACCAGAAUCUGCGGCGGAGCUGAAGGGGACAACGGACGCCGUCCAUGGCACCUCCGGCAACGGCAACGACAGCGGGACCGGCAGCCACGCUAGCCCGGUGGUUUGCAGUGUGAGAGCUGCCAGCAGCAUCGUUUCAGGGGACAGCGCAAACGACAAUGGAACCGUCACCGUCGUGCAUCCGCGGCCGCCUCCUAAAAGAAGGCCAGACGGCGGGGACAGCGCCUCAGAAGAUCAAAACGGCGUUAGCCACCGCCUGUCCACGGGUGCAGAUAGCAUUGGUGCGGGCACCGUUGCCGCCAAAAUUGAGUUCGGGGAUGCGAGUCCUGGCAGCGGUGCCGGAGUCGCAGCCGCACCUGCCAGUGGCGGAUUAGCCUGGGGCAAUGGCGUGGCGGCUGGUUGUGGCGAUACCCGCAAUGGACAUGGGGACGGCUGCCAGAGCCGCGACAGCAGCGCACAGGCCGCCAACAAUAAAAGAUGCGACCUGGGAAAGAAGGACUUGGCGACACUGCAGACCACCUCGUACAGCAACACCGGCUGGUUGUCGCACCUGUGGAUCUUCCUGAAGCGAGCGACGGUGCAGGCAACCCGCGCCUUCUGGCCGGUGACAGUUUUAGAAGUGGUGCUGCUGCUGGGCGCAGCCGCGGCUGUCGGCGCCAGCCAAGGCAACAAGUGGGGACCUACUGCCGUACCCGGGAACAUCGUCAUGGCCAUGAUGUGUCUUGCCGUGCUGGCUGUCGUACAGCAUCUCCGAGCCUUCAUCGCCAACCGUCUGGUACUGCGUCGGGAACGCGGUGCAGGGCUUUCGCCCACUGCAUACUUCACGGCGCGGUGUAUGGUUGAUCUACCCUGGAUACUGGCGGCGCCCGCCAUUUUUACAUUGCCGUACUAUAUACUGACGGUGCCGCACGCUUCAUUCGUGUCGUACUAUGCUAUCAGCGUCGGUGUAUGGUGGUGGGCUUCGGGGUUUUCGUACUUGUUGUCCGACUCACCAUUUGUGCCAGCUGCAGCUGCACCGACGGCGGCGGUGCUCACAACGCUUAUCGCUGGUGGACUGCUGAAUGGCUUCGGCACGCCGUCGCUGUCGGUGGCACGCGGGACACCAGCCGGGGCGUUGCUGGGCUUGUCUUACAACCGCUGGGCGCUGGAGGGACUGACGGUUUCGGAGCUGGACCACUACAUGGCCACACACCGCAAUGUGAUUGCCGCGAUGUACCGCGAAAAAGGGAUCUGUGGGAUGGAUCGGGAUUUCCGCGGCGACCUUCUUCAGCCUGACGGAGACAUGUCCGGCGAUACGGCACUAACACUGAUGCGCCUGACGACAAAUUUUACGCGCGGCUACUGCCAUCGAGUUUUCAAGGAUGCCCUCGUUGCGCUUCUCUGCCUGGGCCUGGGGCUGAGGCUACUAGCGAUGCUGACACACAAGUACGAUACGGUGAUCCUUCAAAGUCGCGAUACAGUCGUGUACUGGUGGCGUACACUGGCAGGACACGGCGGCGCCGGCGCCGGGAUGGCGGCAGAAGGCGAUGAUGCAAGAGCAGGUGCCGCAGCAAGUGGCACCAGCAGCGCCAGUGGCGCCUUCGCAACGGCCGGCUCAGAGGCGGAAAAGGGCGAGGUGUACAUCCUGAUGGAUACGGGGAGUAGCGGCUCAGCAGAGCCCAGUGUGUGCCCAUCUAUCGGGAUUCCCGCCGUGGCAUGGACUAGCGGAACUCAAUCAGAGACACUCUUUUGCCCACCACAAUAUAGAGAUCUGAAAUAG